AUGCCACCACAACAGGGACCAAAAUCAAGCUGUAUAGUUUGCGGCUUCAAUUUUAGACCUGAUGAGGCAAAAAUUAGAGCGCUCUAUCCGGCCGCAGGCAAAAAGAUUGUUCUGACCGAAGUUGGUGCAAAAGCUAAGCCACGUCAGGUUGAUGGCCUCUAUCUCUUCCACGAUCAAUGCUGGGGUCGUAUUAUGGAUCAUUUCUGCCCUCGAGAAUUCGAUCUGGCUAGUUUUUAUCAGGCUUUAUUACCUGUUGCAGCCCAAAGUGGUCAGAUUUUCUGGCGCCCGGGUGAUGACUAUCAGAGACAAUAUAAAGAAGAAAUAUGGCAUCCAAAUUUCGUCCCUUUCACCACAGAACAACUUAUAAACCCCGCAAAGGAAAUGCCGAAAUUCACGGAUACUGUGGGAAGGCUAGCGAAUAAAACGGAUAUAUUUAGGGCGCUUCCAGUCGAGCUCUGUGAAAUGGUAGCAGUCCAUCUUCCGACUCGGGACUAUUUCGUUCUACGCAGUGUCUCGAGAGCAAUGGUGCCAAUAUUUUCAAGCACAAAUUUCUGGAGAUCUCGAUUUCUCAUAAAUGAAGAGCGGGGAUAUCUUCAUUAUAUGAUUCAAAGAUUGGCCAACUACGAGCGGAAUCAGAUUGACUGGCGACUACUUUAUCAUUGCACUUGUAAAUGGAAAUACAGCCAGCAACUCGAUUUCUUGAUCAAAAUUUGGCAAUCACUACGUUGGCUAAGAGACGCUACUUUGGCCAUAAAAUCUAACAUCUCAACCAAGAUGCUGCCAGCCUUUCGUGGUCGAGCGCUUCGACACUAUCAUAAUUCCACAUCAUGGUUUGAAAACACACGCACAGAAUCCGUUGAUAUUGAUUCAUCUCUGUCCGAAAUUGCAAUAUCAGUAGUCAAAAUCGACGACAUUACCUAUGUCACUGGGUUGAAGUUUAGUUAUGAUGAUCGGCCAGAUGUCCUCAUAGGUUAUACAGCCCCUGGAGCGACGACAAUGGAUGGAAUGAUUUAUUCGGUUAACGAUGAUGUUUUCGAAUACCCAGGAGUCCAAUUCAUGGUAAAAGUAUCACAUUUGCUAGGUUUCUGGUUCAAAUUGACUUCCAGGGGACUCCACGGAUUCGUUGUACUUCAACGUAAGAGCGGCCCAGCUGGUGUGUGUGGUGACGAGACUAUAGAAGAGGAAUAUGCGAUAUUCCUAGAUGAGGUCACCAAAAUCAUUGUCACGUUGGAUCAUUGUAAGAUAACCAACCUGGGAAUCAUUGGCAUGAUAAACCGCACAGGCGAAGUACAGGGUUUGCAGCAGGAUUACGAUCAUCUAUUAGAUCACUACAGCCCCCAUAGGAUUUACCCGAGUUAG